AUGUCAUCAGCUAAACCUAUAAAUACACCUUGUGUUGCUAACAUUCAUCUUACUACUUUGUUUGCUCCUCAGAUAGAUGAAGAGAAAAAGUAUAUGACUCGAGUUCCUUAUUCUAGUGCAGUAGGGAGUUUGAUAUAUGUUAUGGUUUGUACAAGACCAGAUCUGGCACAUGUAGUGAGUGUUGUGAGCAGAUUUAUGGUACAACCAGGGAAGGAGCAUUGGCAAGCUGUGAAGAGGAUAUUCAGGUAUCUACGGAGAACUUUUGAUGUUGGUCUCAUAUAUAGAGGUGAUACACAAUGUCUGAUUAUUGGGUAUUCAGAUUCUGAUUAUGCUAGAAACGUUGAUAGUAGGAGAUCUAUGACUAGUUAUGUAUUUACUCUUGGGGGCUCAGUUGUUAGUUGGAAAGCGACUCUGCAACCUACUGUGACUUUGUCUACAACAGAAAUAGAGUACAUGGCAUUAACAGAAGCUGAUAAAGAGGGAAUAUGGCUGAAAGAACUAAUUAGUGAUCUGGGCCAACAUCAGGAUCAAGCAACUGUCUUCUGUGACAGUCUGAGUGUUAUAUGCUUAGUCAAAGAUCAAGUUCAUCAUGAACGGACUAAGCAUAUUGACGUGCGAUAUCAUUUCCUAAGGACUGAGAAGAGGAUAAAGGUGAAAAAGGUAGGAACUGCUGACAAUCAUGCUAAUAUGUUCACCAAGUCAGUUCCUCAUAGCAAGUUCCAACAUUGUUUGGACUUGCUUAACGUUAGAAACUGUUAG